GCAGUCAAAUGAGGUUAGCUUUUUCCGGCUCUUUCUAGCGGAUCCAACAGAGCACGUGUAUCUCAUCUCCGCUCCAGAGGACGCAAUACGACCCAGUUUCCGAAACGUUGUAUUUUUUUUUAAUAUCCGACGACAGAGAGAGUCCAAAACCCGGCAAUCCCGAGUGUUAUACAUCAGCGACAGAACUCUUUUAAUAUCUAUCAGCAACUUUUCCAACCGUUAACUGCAUAGAAACAUAAACACCAAACGAAUUCCUUUUUCCGUCACUAGAACUACAACGCCUACAACCACGGAACUGCAACCAGACCUAUUUUAUAGAAAUUUACCCGACGUGUAAUAGUACUUUGCUAAUGCCUGAUACCACGUACAGGAAAUUGUGUGCCAAAUAUUACACCGAUUACACCUUUAGGUUCUGAAUAAUUUUGCGCAGGAAUUACUUAAAAUCGUAUAUUACGCAAAUGACGAAUCCAAAGAGAAAACAUUACUUUACUAAUCCCUGGAAAGCACGGUGUUAGGAGCAGUUAGGAUGUAAGGAGGGUUAGGAAAGUGCGGCUUGCAGUAACAACGUAUAUAAUGAUGGAUUAGGUGGAAAUUUAAAACGUUAGUUUCAUACUAUCUACCACCGGUACGAAGAGUAGUUCCAAAACACCUUAAAUAUAUCACAAAUUAAUGAAUUGCAUAAAUACGUUGGGUAGAAACGAAGAAGUUGGAAAAUGAGCAAGAAAAGGCGUCAAGAAGACGAAGAUACGAAAAAUGAAAAGAAAAUCGCGAAUCAUUGGUCAAUGGGUCUUUUGUCUUCUAUGAAGGAACCAGAACUCCUAGUCAAGGAAGACGAUAAAGUGGUAACUAUAAAGGAUAAAUACCCAAAGGCCCAGUAUCAUUUCUUGGUUCUGCCUAAAGAAAAUAUAUCCAGUUUGGCUAAAAUCACGAAGGAUGACAUAGAACUUUUGAAGCAUAUGGAUAAAGUGGGUCAAGAGCUGGCUGAAAGUCAUCCCAAUUCAAACUUUAAGUUGGGCUAUCAUGCAGAAGCAAGUAUGAGUCGACUUCAUCUACAUGUCAUCAGUGAUGAUUUCAACUCCACUUGCCUUAAAACCAGGAAGCACUGGAACACAUUCACCACAGAUUUCUUUGUACCAUCAGUCAAAAAAGUUGUAUGGAAGAAAGUUGUCAAGACUUUCUUACACCCUUCUCACCUGAGUUUGAUAAUGUAUGAAAUACAUCUAAUAAUAAAAAUUCAGCCGUCAAUGCGACACGAUCAUACACGGACUUCUGUUCUCACUCAUGGUCUUGGUAGCAGCUUCCAGUGGCAGAGGUUUCCCUUUCUCGCGGUUCCCGAACUGUUCCUGGCCUCAGCUGCUGCAGCUCUCAACUGACUGUCUGCAGACCCUCUUGUAAUGGCAGCUGGUCUUCAUUAUGUAGCCUUGGCAUGGACUGUACAGCAAACAUCACUUCCAACAGCUCUUCUGUUGUUGCCUUCCCAUGAUGUCCACCGAGCCAUUACCUAGAAAUGGCCGUAUUUAUGGAGCCAUUCCUUAGCAAUGCCUGUCCCUGAUGGUUUCAUAAUUUUGGUUUUCAGCAGACAUGCCACAAUAUAUUUUAUAUGUACCACUAUUCUGUGCAGUGAAUUUCAGAUUAUUAAAGAUACUCAAUUUGGACUUAAUUUAUUAAGGCAGGGGUUCAUAAACUUUUUAACACCACAGCCUCCUAAAAUAAUAUAUAAAUUUAUGUGACCCCCAUCCGAUGACAAUGACAGCAGGAGUCUAUAGCUUUAUAAGCUUGCUACACCUACAAUGAGUCCUAACAAAUGUCCUUGCCAGUUGCAGCUACCUUUUAUGAAAGCAUCUGUAUUCAAUCUGAUUUCCUGACUUGCCAAAACUGUGGCAAAAAUUAAAAUUAUCCAACAUCUUUUAGUAUACACCUUCUUAACAGUAAUGUCAUCAACGUUCACUGACUAGUUUUUAAGACAAAUAUGUGUUCAUGCACAUUACCCCUCCAUUUUGAACUAAUUUAAGAAUAUAUCAAAAGUAUCUCAGAAUAUGUAAUGUCAUAAUGAUUACUACAUUU